AUGACAAUCAAGGGGGACGAUAUCAGGCAGCAUAGCGACCGAAAGUCCUGCUGGGUCGUUAUUCAUGGCGGCGUCUACGAUGUGACAGACUUCUUGGAUUCGCACCCAGGUGGUGCAAAUGUGAUUCUCCGCUGCGCUGGCAAGGACGCAACAGAUGAUUUUGAGUCGGUACACUCGACAGAACUUCUAACGGAGGCGCUUCCAUCAAGCGCCCUUCAAGGUCAUAUUGACCCAGCCGAGUUGGAUGCUCUCAGCAACGCGACAGAAACCCCAAGGGAGUCUAUCCCUCAGUCAGACGAUGGGGCACCUCCAUCAUUGAACACACUAAUCAAUCUUCAUGAUUUCGAAAAAGUCGCUCAACAGUUCCUACCUGCCAAUGCGUGGGCGUACUACUCGUCAGCAGCCGAUGACGAAUUCAGUAAGAAAAUGAAUGCUUACGCAUAUCAGAAGAUCGCGUUGCGUCCGCGUAUUUUGCGCAGAAUCCAAGCAGUGGAUACGACAACAUCCAUUCUUGGGCACAAAGUAUCUCUGCCAGUUUAUAUGUCUCCUGUUGGCAUUGCAAAGUUUGCCCACCCAGAUGGUGAAUGCGCCUUGGCUGCAGCUGCGGGGAAGGAAGGGCUGGUGCAAGUUCUAGCGAACAGCGCUAGCUUCCCCAUUGAGCGAGUAAUGGAAGAACGCACAUCGCCUAACCAACCGCUGUUUGCACAAUUGUACGUCAACAAAGAUAUCAGCAAAUCGGUUGAUUUAGUAAAAAGGGCUGUUAAGGCCGGGGCUCAGUCAAUCUGGAUCACCGUUGACUCUCCGGUAGUUGGCAAGCGAGAGAUGGAUGAGCGAAUGAAUUUGAGCUUCACAACACAGGAUAGCGAUGCAAAAGGCCAAGGCGUUGCCAAGGUUGCCGCCAGCUCAAUUUCACCAUUUAUCGAUUGGAGUAUACUCUCUUGGAUCCGAGAUUUGACUGACCUCCCAAUCGUGAUUAAAGGCAUUCAAUGUGCUGAGGAUGCUGUCAUUGCUUACGAGCACGGGGUUCAAGGGAUAGUUCUAUCUAACCAUGGAGGUCGUUCUCAAGACACAGCACAAUCGCCACUUCUGACUCUUCUGGAAAUACGCAAGUUUGCUCCGGCUAUAUUAAAUAGCAAAAUGCAGAUAUUCAUUGACGGUGGGAUCCGUCGAGGAACAGAUGUUCUCAAAGCUAUCGCCCUCGGCGCAACCGCUGUUGGCCUCGGUCGACCAUUUCUUUACAGUCUUUCAGCCGGGUAUGGCGAGAACGGUGUACGGCGGAUGUUGGAAAUUUUACGGCAUGAGAUUGAGUCAAAUAUGAUAUUUCUUGGAGCUACCAGUCUUCAAGAACUGCGCCCAGAGAUGAUCAAUGCUGCUCGGCUGGAGCGUGAUAUGAUUGGAUCAGUCAAGCUAUAA